UUGAGAUUGGUAUCCUUUGUAGUUAUGGACAUUCCCGAGAGUGCUUCGUCAGUUGAUUCCAGAAUGGAAGUCAGAGAAGAGAAAGCUAGUGAAUCAAGCGGACAGUCUUCAUCAGAAGGUAAAACUUUUGUUCUAAAAAAAUGGAAUGCCCUAGCUAUAUGGUCCUGGGAUGUUGAAUGUGAUACGUGCGCUAUUUGUCGUGUUCAUUUGAUGGAGGAAUGCUUGAAGUGCCAGGCAGAAUCAGCUUCUGAAUGCGUUGUCGUUUGGGGAGAAUGUAACCACUCCUUUCAUAAUUGUUGUAUGAGCCAGUGGGUUCGGCAGAACAACAGAUGUCCUCUAUGUCAGCAGGACUGGAUGGUGCAACGAAUCGGUCAUUAA